AUGUCCUUGUCUCGAUCGCCAAAGGAGCUGCUGCUCCUUAGGCGACAAUUGACUAACCUCGGCCGCCCCGCAAGGCUAACCCGAAGCAUAGCCACCUUCACGCCGCCCGGCCAAGCGAGCGCCAUAUCGUUAAUACAGAGCAGCAUCGACACGUCUUCGGAGGAAUUCAAGGAAAAUGAGAGGCAGAUGAGCGAGGUUGUGACCCGCAUGCGCGAGCUCACCAAGAAGGCCCAGCUCGGCGGGUCGGCGAAGGCGAGGGAGAAGCACCUUGCGCGGAAGAAGAUGCUGCCCCGCGAUCGUGUCGCCGCGCUGAUCGACCCCGGUACCACGUUCCUGGAGCUAUCUCCGCUCGCCGGACAUGAGCUGUAUCCCGAGGCGGAGGUGCCCGCCGGCGGUAUCGUCACUGGUGUUGGUGUCGUGGAGGGCGUUCACUGCGUGAUUGUUGCGAAUGACAGCACGGUGAAGGGUGGAACAUAUUAUCCCAUUACUGUGAAGAAGCAUUUGAGGGCGCAGGCCAUUGCGCAGGAGAACAAUCUUCCAUGCAUCUACAUGGUUGACAGCGGCGGUGCCAACCUUCCCCACCAGGCCGAGGUCUUCCCUGACCGAGAGCAUUUCGGCCGGAUAUUCUACAACCAGGCGAGGAUGAGUUCGCAGGGUAUUCCUCAGAUCUCCGUCGUCAUGGGUCCAUGCACGGCUGGUGGCGCCUACGUGCCCGCCAUGAGCGACGAGAGCAUCAUUGUCCAGAACCAAGGUCACAUUUUCCUCGCUGGUCCCCCGCUCGUCAAGGCUGCUACCGGCGAGGUUGUCAGCCCCGAAGAGCUCGGAGGAGGUGAAAUGCACUCCUCCGUCUCCGGUGUCACUGAUUACCUUGCCGUUGACGAUGCCCAUGCCAUUACCCUAGCUAGACGUUGUGUGAGCAACUUGAACUGGCCCAAGAAGGAGUCGGCACAAACGCAAACUUUCGAGGAGCCCCUGUACCCCGCUGAAGAGCUUCUCGGAAUUGCGACAACGAACCUCCGGAAGCCCUUGCCCAUCCGCGAAGUGAUUGCUCGCAUCGUCGACGGCUCCAAGUUCUCUGAGUUCAAGCGUGACUUCGGUUCCACUCUCGUGACGGGCUUCGCCAGCAUUUACGGCCACAAGGUCGGUAUCGUCGCCAACGACGGUAUCCUCUUCGCGUCGUCUUCGGUCAAGGGUGCUCACUUCAUCGAGCUCUGCGCCCAGCGAGGCAUCCCUCUCAUCUUCCUCCAGAACAUCUCCGGCUUCAUGGUUGGUGCGCAGGCCGAGCGUGAGGGUAUCGCCAAGCACGGCGCCAAGCUCGUGACGGCGGUCGCGUGCGCCGACGUACCCAAAUUCACCGUCGUCGUCGGUGGCUCGUACGGCGCCGGAAACUACGGUAUGUGUGGAAGGGCGUAUAGCCCGAGGUUCCUCUGGAUGUGGCCCAAUGCCAAGAUUGGUGUUAUGGGAAGCGAGCAGCUGUCCAGCGUCAUGGAGACGGUCGGAAAGAAGAACCCCGAGUUGAGGGACACGAUAGAAAAGCAGAGUGACUCUGUGUACUCUUCGGCGAGGUUAUGGGACGAUGGUGUCAUCCCUCCCGAGCACACUCGGAAGUAUCUGGGACUGGGUCUCCAGGCUGCCCUUGGAGGCAAGAACGAGGCCAAGGCCGGUGCGACCAAGUUUGGUGUCUUCAGGAUGUAA